AUGGAAGCACCAGCGUGGUCCACCAUCAUCGCAUCGGCCACAGCAGUCAGAACGAAUCUGGCAUCGGCGACCUUGUCCUCCUCUGCUGCCAUUGCGACGACGCUGGGUGCGAUGGAGCAGGCCCCGGGUCCUCCAGAGGGCAACGGCGAGUGUCAACUUCUGGGGCCCUUCUCUCUCCUGGUUCAGGGCGCCUUGGGGGGUCUGGCGCUUUUGUCUCUUGUUUAUAAACGGUGGAAGGAGAGACCGCAGCGGCCGUUGAAGAUCUGGGCGUUCGAUGUGUCCAAGCAAGUGUUUGGCUCGGUGAUGCUACAUUUGGCCAAUCUGCUCUUGUCCCUGUUCUCUGCCGGUCAUUUCGAGAUCAGGCAGCAAUACCAACCUAAUCCGUGUUCCUUUUACCUACUCAACCUUGGAAUCGACACAACACUCGGUAUCCCGAUUCUCUACCUGGUCCUCCUCAUUAUCAACCAGCUUGCGUUAUACACCCCUCUCGCACGACCGCCCGAGUCUAUCGAGUCCGGCAACUAUGGUCAACCUCCGAAAGUGAUGUGGUGGUUCAAACAAGCAAUCUUGUAUUUCUUGGGUCUCUUGUGGAUGAAGUUUUCCGUCUUUAUUCUUAUCCAAGUGUUCCCCGUGAUUGUCAAGGUCGGUGACUGGGCCCUCCGCUGGACAGAGGGAAACGCGGCACUGCAAAUCACAUUCGUGAUGCUACUGUUUCCUCUGAUCAUGAAUGCGAUGCAGUACUACAUCGUGGACACCUUUAUCAAGCGCAAACUCACGGUGGACGAUGAAGGCGACGCAUUCAGCACUGAGGGGUCCAGGCACGCUACCAUCCAUGACGAGCGGCACCGACGUGCUUUGCUCGGGGACGAUGACAGCUCUGUCGACGAAGAUUCAGAGCCGGAGGAUGCGGAGAUUGGGAAGCCCAGGAGCCCCCUUUCUACGGACAUGCACAGUCCUAGUAGUGUCGAUGAUGAUUACGAUCCUGUGGUCAACGGCCCCGAUUCGUUUCCCGAGUCGUCGUCGAGUAACCACCGGUUGAGUCAAGUGAAGCCUUGA